AUGCCUGUGCGCGACGUGCGCACUAGAUGGAACUGUACGCACGCGAUGAUAGAGCGUGCUUUACUUCUCAGGAAGGCUAUCAAUGGCUGGGUCGCAGAACGUGAUGACCUUGAGUCGCUUACACUGAUUCCCGACGACUGGAACCUAUUACAGCAGUUAGCUGACCUUCUCGGUGCUUUCACACAUGUCACGCAUAUCAUGUCAAAGGGAGGCAUGCCGACGCUUCCAUGGGUCCUGCCGAUGUACGAUAACAUGCAAACCGCGCUGAAGGAGACCAUUGCUACUACAACUCUUCCAACGCUGUCGAAGGCUGCACAAGCUGGUCUUGCAAAGCUGGAGGAAUACUAUGCCAAGGCGAAGGAGUGCCAGUACAACGUGGUUGCUACUUGUAUGUUCGCAUAUCCUCCAGUUCUCAAUAUUCUAAUGCUCUCAACAGUGUGCCAUCCAUGUCUCCGUUCCAAGUGGUUUAAGCGGCUCGGCGCGCUGGAGAAGGUCAAGGCAGAAGCUCUAUUUGAGCAUGUCUUCCACGAGUACGAGCAGAAACAACCAAAGCGUGCAGAGGUCCAAAGGAAGGCACAACCCAAUGAACCUCACUCGUUCCUUGACCGUCUUGCUGCGAUCUCUGACGACUCAGAGGAUGAUCUUGCCAAGGCUGAUCCCAAGCUGUCUGAGAUGACACGCUGGCUACGAUUCGAGGGAGGGAAGGGUCAUUCGUAUCGCCCACUUGAUUGGUGGCGAGUGAGUUGA